AUGAAUUAUAAUGAAAAGGAUUAUUUUUCUGCAUAUUAUAAGAGUAAGAAACUUGUGAAACUAUAUAUUUUUAUAAUGGUUGCAAAUCGUGGCGAAAUAGCGAUCAGAGUUUUUCGUGCAACGUCAGAACUUGACAAAGUUUCGGUUGCCAUAUAUUCAGAACAGGACAAGAAUUCUAUGCAUCGCUACAAAGCUGAUGAAGCUUACCUUAUAGGUAAAGGCAAAGCUCCCGUUGAUGCAUAUCUUGGAAUCGAAGAUAUUAUCGAGAUAGCCAAAAAGUACAAUAUUGAUGCCAUUCAUCCAGGCUAUGGUUUCCUCUCAGAAAGAGCGGAGUUUGCGCAAGCUUGUUGGGAUGCCGGAAUUGCAUUCAUUGGUCCUUCGCCAAAAGUUAUUGCACAAAUGGGUGACAAGGUAGCAGCUCGUAAAGCAGCCAUCGAUUCCGGUAUAAAAGUGGUACCUGGAACAUCAAAUCCUGUCACUUCUGUUGAAAAAGUCAAAGAAUUUGUAGCUGAGCACGGUACGCCAAUCAUUUUGAAGGCUGCGUUUGGUGGUGGUGGUAGAGGAAUGCGUCGUGUGGAUAAUGAAAAAGAUGUAAAAGAAUCAUUUGAAAGAGCUUUCUCUGAAGCGAAAGCCGCAUUUGGUGAUGGCUCAUUAUUUGUUGAAAAAUUCGUUGUUCGGCCUCGCCAUAUUGAGGUUCAGAUUUUAGGUGAUAAUUAUGGAAAUAUUAUACAUUUAUAUGAACGCGAUUGUUCAAUUCAACGACGACACCAAAAAUUAGUUGAAAUCGCUCCAGCACCUGCUUUACAUAAAGAAGUUCGUGAUAGAAUUCUUUCCGAUGCUUUGCGAAUUGCUAAACAUGUUGGAUAUCAAAAUGCAGGCACUGUUGAGUUCCUGGUUGAUGAACAUGGUAACCACUUCUUUAUUGAAGUGAAUGCUCGAUUACAAGUGGAACAUACAGUGUCGGAGGAAAUCACUGGCGUGGACCUUGUACAAUCACAGAUUAAAAUCGCUGAAGGUAAAUCUUUAGAGGAUAUAAAACUUUCGCAGGAUGCAAUACAUGUUAAAGGUUGCUCCAUACAGUGUCGAGUAACUACCGAAGAUCCGGCUCGUGGCUUCCAACCUGAUUGUGGCAGAAUUGAAGUUUUCCGCACUGGUGAAGGAAUGGGUAUUCGCCUGGACUCGGCUAUUUCUUUCGCUGGUGCCAUUAUUUCUCCUCAUUACGACUCUCUGCUUGUCAAAGUAAUAUCUUCUGCUCUAAAUCAUAAAUGUGCUUGCAGAAAAAUGGCACGAUCACUCAGCGAAUUCCGCGUUCGAGGUGUUAAGACAAACAUUUCGUUUUUGCUAAAUGUAUUGCGUUCACCGAAGUUCUUAGAUGCUGCUGUUGAUACAUACUUUAUUGAUGAAAAUCCAGACUUGAUGGAUAUCGCUCCAAGCCGAAAUAGAGCUCAAAAACUUCUCAAAUACAUUGGCGAAGUACGAGUGAACGGACCUUCAACACCACUGUUUACAAAUUUAAAGCCUUCCAAAGCUAAAGCACAUGUUCCAGAAAUCCCGUCUGGGAAAGUUCCUGGAGGUUUUCGAGAUAUUUUGCUGAAAGGUGGUCCAGCAGCAUUGGCAAAAGCUAUUCGAAAAAAUGCUGGCUGCCUAAUCACGGAUACAACCUUUCGAGAUGCUCAUCAGAGUCUAUUAGCAACUCGCGUUCGUACUUACGAUUUACUUCAAAUUGCUCCUUUCGUUUCGCAUUCACUGAACAGUCUCUUCUCUCUGGAAAAUUGGGGAGGAGCAACUUUUGAUGUAGCGAUGAGGUUUUUACACGAAUGUCCAUGGGAACGAUUGGAAGCGUUAAGAAAAGCGAUACCAAAUGUUCCUUUUCAAAUGCUACUUCGGGGUGCAAACGCUGUCGGAUAUUCAAGUUAUCCUGAUAAUGUCGUUUAUAAAUUCUGUGAAUUGGCUGUGAAAAGUGGCAUGGAUAUCUUCCGAGUUUUCGAUUCACUCAACUAUUUGCCUAAUAUUUUGGUUGGUAUGGACGCAGUAGGUAAAGCUGGUGGUGUCAUCGAAGCUGCCAUAUCAUAUACAGGUGAUGUGUCUGAUGCGACUAGAACCAAAUAUGAUCUUAACUAUUACGUCAAUCUAGCGGGUCAACUCGUCAAAGCCGGUACUCACAUUCUCGCCAUAAAGGACAUGGCUGGUGUUUUGAAGCCAAAAGCAGCCAAAUUGUUGAUUGGUGCGCUUCGAGAUAAAUUCCCAGACACGCCAAUACAUGUACACACUCAUGAUACUGCUGGCGCAGGUGUGGCUUCUAUGUUAGAAUGUGCAGGAGCAGGCGCAGAUAUUGUGGACGCUGCAGUUGAUAGCAUGAGUGGUAUGACUAGUCAGCCAUCGUUAGGAGCUAUUGUUGCAUGUCUCGAAAGUACACCGCUCGCAACAGGACUGAACCUUGAUAAAAUCUCUGAAUACAAUUCAUAUUGGGAAACUGCUCGGCAGUUUUACGCUCCUUUCGAAUGUACGACCACGCUGAAGAGUGGUAAUGCUGAUGUAUACAAACACGAAAUUCCUGGAGGCCAAUAUACCAAUUUGCAGUUCCAGGCUUUCUCGCUUGGACUUGGCAACCAAUUCGACAACGUCAAGAAGAUGUAUCGUGAGGCUAAUCUUGCCCUUGGUGAUAUCAUAAAGGUAACUCCAUCUUCAAAAAUAGUUGGCGACUUGGCGCAAUUCAUGGUGCAAAAUCAUUUGACACGUGAAAGUCUAGUUGAGAAAGCUGAAGAAUUAAAUUUUCCGCAAUCGGUUAUCCAGUUUUUCCAGGGUCUAAUUGGUCAACCGCCGUAUGGUUUUCCUGAACCAUUGCGAACGAAGGUUUUGCGUAAUCUUCCAAGGUAUGAUGGGCGUCCAGGUGAAAAUCUUGAGCCUUGCAAUUUUGAAGAAAUUCAGACAAAUCUUGAGGAAAAACACGGUCGAAAAUUGCGUGAUGUGGAUGUAAUGACAGCAAUAAUGUUCCCUAAAGAGUUCGACGAUUUUGAGCAAAUGCGACAGACGUUUGGGCCUAUGGAUAAACUAAAUACGCGAAUCUUUUUAACUGGAAUGGAUAUAGCUGAAGUUACAGAAGUGGAACUUGAAAGUGGCAAAACUUUGAUGAUCACAUUGCAAGCGAUCGGUGAUCCUAAUCAUCGUGGUGAAAGAGAGGUUUUCUUUGAUUUAAAUGGCCAACAUCGCUCAAUAUUCGUACAAGACAAGGAAGCCUCAAAGGAGAUGGUAGUACGGCCUCGAGCAAAACUUGGUGUGAAAGGUUCGGUUGGAGCGCCUAUGCCUGGUGAAGUUCUUGAUAUAAAAGUUAAAGAGGGCGAUAAAGUAUCACUAAAAACACCGCUAUUCGUUUUAUCGGCAAUGAAAAUGGAAAUGGUGGUUGAUAGUCCAAUCGCUGGAGUGGUUAAGAAGAUUUACUGUGCUCCAAAAACUCGAGUAGCUGCUGGCGAUCUCAUUAUUGAGAUUGAUCCCGUUGCAAAAUAA